AAAAAUUACAUAUAUACGCUUAGCCUUUUUGGCCCAUUUUUAAUAAUUCACGAAUCAUUUCCAUUUUACUCUCAAUUUUCUUUACACUCGAAGAUAAAGAGAGAGAAAAAAAAAAAAACAGAGAGAAGAUUCCGAUUUCCGAAUUCUAAUUUUGAUGCUUCAUUUCGAAUUUCGACGAUUAUUUUAAUUUGAUCUCGUAAUUAUCUGCUCAAAUUCCGCGGAAUUCGAGGAAUUCGGUGUUUUUUUUUGUCCUGAUCGCCGGUGGUUAAUUGUUUCCGGUAUUAGAUCUUGAUUUCCUGAUUUUUUAUGGUGUACGAAUUAUAAAGUGGUUUUCCGGUGUUCUGCUUCAAGAUUAAGCUAUUUUCUGGACAAUUGGUGGUUUUCCGGUGUUCUGCUUCAAAAUUAAGCUAUUUUCUGGAUAAUUGGUGGUUUUCGGGUGUUCUGCUUCAAAAUUAAGCUAUUUUCUAGAUAAUUGGUUGUUUUCCGAUGAUAUGACGGCGAGGGUGAAUAAUAGUGUGGAUACUGUAAACGCUGCUGCGGCGGCGAUCGUCGGCGCUGAGAGCCGUGUGCAACCUGUUUCAGUUCAGAAGAGAAGGUGGGGAAGCUGUUGGAAUCUUUACUGGUGUUUCGGAUCUCUUAAAACCAGCAAAAGGAUAAGCCAUGCCGCCCUUGUCCCGGAACCCACCAUUGUUACUCAAAGUACAGAAACCAUUUCCGACAACCCAAACCCUUCAACCUCAAUAGUACAACCUUUUAUCGCACCCCCAUCCUCUCCAACUUCUUUUCUACAAUCAGACCCACCAACUGCAAUUCACUCACCCGGUGGAUUACUUACCAUAAGUCCCCUUUCUUCAAAUGCUUUCUCCUCUGUUGGAAGUGCUCAUAUGUUCACCAUUGGUCCCUAUGCACACGAAACUCAACUAGUCUCACCCCCUGUAUUUUCCGCCUUCACCUCCGAACCAUCCACUGCUGCCGUGACCCCCCCUCCCGAACCCGUGCAAUUCACCACCCCAUCAUCACCCGAAGUGCCAUUCGCCAAGUUGCUUACUUCGUCACUGAAACGUUCAAGGAGAAACAGCGGGGGUAAUGGUAAUCACAAACUAGCUCUAUCCUGCUAUGAAGUUCAUCAUCUCAUAUCUCCCGGUUCAGCAAAUUCAGCAUCUGGUGCAUCUUCUCCUUAUCUUGACCGCCGCCCAAUUCUUGAAUUCCGCAUGGUUGAUGCUUCCAAGUUGUUUGACUCGAAGAGUUUUUCUACUCGUAAAUGGGGUUCAAGGUUAGGAUCCGGGUCUCUUACCCCAGAUGGUGCAGGUUUUUCCCCUUACGACGGUCUGCUACUAGAAAACCAAAUAUCAGAAGUUGCAUCAUUUGCUAACUCAGAAACAGGAUCCCCAAUUCCCGAGGCUCUCGUUGAUCAUAGGGUUUCCUUUGAGCUUUGCCGGGAAGACGUUCCAACGUACUAUGACGAGAAAGUGAUGUUGGAAGGUCAAUACACGAGGACUAACGGCGUUUUUCCACACAACGAAUCAAACUGUUGCUUGUGUUCUCAUGAGGUAAUAAGUGAAACCCAAGAGUUAACUUCAGGUGGAACGAAAGAUUGUCAACACAAGAAAUCUUCUGUUUCUCUUGGAUCAGUUAAAGAAUUCAAUUUUGAUAGUAGCAAUAUAGAAGCUAAUGGUAAAUCAAAUCUUAGCUCGGAAUGGUGGGCUGAUGAGAAUAUUGGGAAGGAAAUUGGGGGUCAAAACAACUGGAGUUUCUUUCCAUUGCUUCAACCAGGAGUCAGCUAACAAUUUCUCCUUCGCCAUUUUGCACUGAAUAUACAAUCCCAGACAUUCAAGCAACAGAAACGAAGCAAAUCAAAUCAAAUGAUUAUACGAAGAUACGUUCUUUUGCAGCGUGACAGAUGCUGAUAAUGAUGCCCUGAUAUCAACAAAUCAAAGGAUGAUGCAUCAGCACAACGUUUCUGGGCGUGAGAAAUUGGUAUUACAAUCACUUCCUAUUUUACUUCCUAUCUCUUCUCUUGAUGGUCAUACAUAAGAUAGGAUUUUGUUACUAGCAUGACUUCAUAAGUGUAUCUAUUAUUAUUAUUAAUAUUAUUCAGUGAGAAUGAUCAUAACUUCAUUGGAUCCA